CCCCCGCGGCACCGAGGCGGGACCGGGCUCUGCCGCCGCAUCCCCGCCGCACCGGCAGCGCAGAGCCGGCUCCGUUCUGCUCGCCACCAUGUCCCUGUGCAGGGCCGCCUCGCAGGCGCUGGCCGCCCGCCUGAGCAGGGCUCCCGCCGCCGCCAGCCGCCUCAAGCAGCGUGCGCCUCCUCGCCAGAUGUCAUCUGGGAGCGUUCCUGGCUCUUCUAGAGACAGCAUGAUGAUCUAUCUCCUUGCUGGUGUUGCUGCUUUUGGUGGUUUAUUUUAUGCCUACAGAGUAGUCAGUUCACCCCGCAGCAAGUUUGUUGAAGAUACAAAUAUUCUUCGUGAGAGAGCCGAUGAGCAGAAAAGCAAUCCUUGGUCAAGAAAGGAAGGUGAUGCAGAAGAGGUGGAUGAGGUCACUGGAGCAGAGAAGGCCACGGAAGAGGCUGAGGCAGCAGCUGCUGUGGAACCUGCAGCACAGGAGGAGAGUGCUGGACCCACAGCACAGGAUGAGAGUUCUGGGGUGCCCCCAGAAGCUGGAGGGGAGAAUGACUUGCUGGCUCCAGAGGAAUCCCAUGCUGUGGAGGAGGCACAGCAGGAAGCUGCUGCUAAUUCAGAAGCUGAUGCUAAUUUGGAACUUGCUGAUAAUUCAGAAGCUGCUGCAGUUCAAGCUUCUGAGGAGGAGAAGACAACUGAAGAGGUUGCUAAAGAGCCCUAAAGUAAGCAGUGUGGACACCUUUGGAAAGUAUAAUGCAAAUAUUUGUGGCAAUCAACCAGCUGAUUCCUGUGUGAAACCUCAUCAUACUCUUCCUUGGAGACAUCGAAGAAACUGUGCAGUUUGUCCUACCACACACUGGCCAUUCUGGCCAGUACUAUCCAGUGCUGCAAGAGAUGAAUUGUGCUGCCUAGAGAAACGCUUCUGUGACUAACAACUCUGCUGUAGAGAGUAGCAUCCAGCCAAGCCACUCAGCAUGCCCUAAAUACCUGUGCUAAGAGAAGCAGUAUGAUGCCAGAUGAACUCCUUCUAUGUCAUUUCUGUCCUGAUGUGUACAUUGAUUUCUUCCUUUUGGCCCAAACUGUUGUGCGUAGUUAUACAUUUGUAAAAUCCCAUGCUAAAAUGUAAGCAAAAUGUUAAGCCAAAAUAUUAUAAAAGUACCUGUUAGCAUUUUUAAAUUGCAUCACAGGGAAAAUAACAACGUGUUUGCUCCUGAGUUUGGAUUUGUGAUUGUGAGCAUAGGACAUCUGGCU